AUGGACCCCGCAACGACCGACGCAAAGCCAGAGAAGCUGCAGAAACGUCCGCGCGUGUCGACGGCGUGCGACGCUUGCAGGAAGCGACGCGCAAAGUGCGACGGCGUCAAGCCGACCUGCGGGCGAUGCAACUCGCUCGCACUCAAGUGUCUGUACAUCACGAAGGAUGUUGUCAACGCCUUGCAGAUGCGGAUCGACUCGCUGGAGAAGGAGCUUUCGGAGCUGAAGAUGGACAAGGGCGACGGCGAGUUCUCUGAGGGAACGGCGACGCCGCCUGUGGUCGCAGACGCCUUUGCCGGCGGCCUCGCGUUCAACUCGCACGGCGAGUUGCGCUUCUACGGUCCCACCUCCUCCUACCGCGCCAUUCUCGCCGACGUCACCGAGUCUUCCGUCGAAGCAGCGCGAGCCUGGUCGCUCACGCGCGCGCCCAUCCCCUACGCACCUCCCCUCGACCCUCAGCUCCCGAGACGUCCGCCUGUCCUCUCCUCCGAGUUCUCCGCCAAGCUCAUCGGACUUGCGUUCGAGCAUGCGUUCUCGCAAUUCGGACUAGUCGACGAGCGAGCGUUCCUGCAAGACUUGACGACAUCGGCAACAAGGCGAACUCCGCACUACUCUCCCUUACUCCUCCACCUCGUCCUAGCCUUCGGCGCUCGUUACCUCGACCCUGCCGACACCUCUUGGUGUCGCGAGAUCUGCAGCGACCCCUCAGACCCCUCAACGCGCGGCGACGUCUUCAUCGACUGGGCUCGGUUAGCUCUGGAUGGAGAGUUCAAGCAUCCGGAUGUCAGCACCGUGACGAGUUUGACCUGCUUGUCGGUGUAUCUGGGAGGGAUGGCGUGUGAUGGACCGGCGUUGAUGUUCCAUGCUCAGUCAAUGGCCUUGGCUGAAGACUUCGGGCUCCAUCUCGACAACCACCACCUGCAAAUCGGCUCGCGCAACAUCCCACCCGAACUCCGGGACGUCCGGCGGAAAGCCUUCUGGGCCGCAUUCCAAGUCGACGUCCUGAACAGCAUUUACAUCGGUCGACGGCCGCACUGGUUCCAGGACGACGUGGAUGUGCCGAACCCGCCGGUUGACAACAAUGUCGAGUUUGAUCCGCCGGCUUACCGCUCCUCGUCCUCGCACGCCGCUAGCAAGCUCAUGCAAAUAACCGCCCGCCUCCUCGCGACCGUCUACUCCCUCAAGCCCGGCGUCCCCCUCACAGCGCGCCAGAGCGCGCUGCCAGAACUCCACCUCGCGCUCGAGCAAUGGUACGUCGACCUGCCUUCGCCGUUGAGGGCGAGCACGCCGACGCCUGCGAAGGCGCCGCAUUCGCAUAUCAUAGGCUUGAAUGCCCUGUACCACGCUAUCGUUAUCCUCCUUCACCGACCCUUCUUCCGCCGCACGAACGAGGAGACAAUGCUGUCGGUUUCGACGGAGAAAUGCCUUUCAAGCUCGAAGCACAUCGUCCGCCUCGUUCGACUGCAGCGUGAGCGCUAUGGCCUCCGCUUCACUGCGCCGCUCUUCCAGCACUGCUGCUUCACCGCCGGCACGAUCCUCGCCCUCUCCGCCAACGAAGACCACAUCCUCGGCGUUCCCCAGCGCGACCUCGAGCGCAAGACGCAAGCCGCCGCCGACCUGAAGACCAUCAUCGCCGCCUUGCGCUCGAUCUCCGACACCUGGAAGACGGCAACGACGAGCGCGAACGUGCUCGAGGCGUUCAUGAGCCAAUGGAGCAAGUCGGGCACCAGGUCGGCCGGCGCGGGAGUCGCGACGCCUAGCUGGCCUGUCCGAGCGGGCGCGCCGCUGCAAGCUCCGCCCGAUGCGCUCGCGGCGGCGUUGGCGGCGCACAACGCGCAGGUGCAGGGUGCAGGCGCAGGCGCAGAAGGACAGUUUGGCUUCGCUGGACCGGACGAGCAGGCGGCGUGGCAGGACUUUACCGCCGACUUGACUGCGACGUCGUUCCCGCACAUCUUUCCUUCUUGGGACCUCGACACGGGUGGCUCGCUGGACGACUUCAUGGACCUUCUCGGACCGUCGGGAACGAACAACUCGCUCGACUUCAACCCGCUCGGGUACGCUGCGCAGGCCGCGGUGGCCGGCGCGGACUAG